AUGGAGAGUAGAUCAGUAGUUAAAUGUGUAUAUAAACGACCGGCAGUCUACAGUGAUGAUAUACUUAGUUGAAUCUGUUCACUCAGGCAACAUGAUGAAAUUCGCCGCUGUCUUGGCUGUUCUGGCCUUCGCCAGUCCCCUGAAUGCCUAUGUAGUCCCACGCACCGGAAACGGUGCCCUCGCCGCUGAGCUCCAGGACUUCGUCAACAUUAUUCCUCUUGACGAUAUAGUCGCGCUCCUUCACGAAUACAUGAACCAAGACUCAGAAAUGCAAGCAUGGUUAAACUAUUUGCAAACAAACGAAUUCAGGAACUUCGUAUCUAGUCUUGAAAGCAUCCCUGAAUUCCGGGACCUCCUCAACUACCAGCAAAAUGCCGGUCUCGAUGCGUACUACCUGGCGAACAAAAUCAAUGAUUUCCUGCAUCUGGCAAAACUCGUCCCACCAAACCGCGCUAGGAGGGCCGUCACCGGUGGAAUCCGUGGUUACCUCGAUCAAGUUGAAGCAAUGCUGCCUAUGGAACAGCUCCGAGCUUUGUUCAGACAGAAGGUGGCCAACUCCAAGGUGUUCGCCGACUUCAUACAUUUCUUGGGAUCCCCCACCUCUCAAAGACUCGUCGACACUAUGUGCGCCAAUCCUACCUUCAAUAACUACUUAGCAAAGCUUCAGAGCUACGGUGUCAACCUCAAAAAAGGCAAAGAUUUCAUGGAAAACCAAUUGGGUCUCCAUGUCUCCUUUUUAAAAAUGCUCUCGGGUCCUGUACGGGACUCCGGUGUAGGCAGAGGAUCUGAUGAAAAGUCGAUACAGUCUACUCUUGCUGAGGAGAUGAAGGUCUCAGGGGUAUUGUUCACGGCGAUAUUUGCGUUCGCAACUGUGAACUCUCAUUAUCUCCCAGAUUUCGGCAAGGGACCGCUCCAUGAAGAUAUACAAUACUUCCUGGACUUGAUCCCGAUGGACAAGGUUGCUUCUGUCGUCCUAGAAUAUGCCGCGGAAGAUUCCGAAUUCCAAGAGCUACUUCAAUACUUCGGCUCAUCACAAUUCAAGACAAUGGUCUCGGAGAUCGAAACUCUUUACGAGUUCCAUAAGUUCGCAGACUAUCUAGAAAAAAACGGUGUCUACAUUUACGCCGAGCUGAAUAAAUUAAACAAAAUAAUUGGCAUUCCACCAUUCCAGCAGUUUAGCAAAAAACAAAUCACUGGUGGAGUGAAAGGUUUGUUCGAAGACGUGAAGCAACUCAUCUCUUAUGACGUGAUCAUUCGUGGUUACGUGUACAAGAUGAGAACAUCCGACGCUUGGCGCGAUUUCGUAGCCCAACUGAAGUCACAGGAUAACCAAAAAUUUGUGGACGCUCUCUACGAAAACAGAAAUUACCUCAGCUUCCGUGCAAUGCUGGUAAACAAAGGAAUUGACAUAAUAUUAAUCGAAGACAUCAUCUAUACCGUUCUUGGUAUUGAAUUCCCAAUCUUCGAAAUGCCUAAAUCGAAAACCUUUGCCUCUGAUGAACUGUCCAGGGAUAUUCAUGACUUCCUGAAUCUGGUCGACGAGAACAAAAUAAUGAACAUCGUUAUGUCCUACCUGGAAGACGACGAAGUUCAGAGGGCAAUCGAAUACAUGUACAGCGAAGCAUUCCACGAUUUGGUCCGCAAGGUCGAAGCUAUGCCAGAAUAUCAGAAUUUGGUGAAGUACAUGGAAGACUCUGGCUUGGACAUGACAAAGGUGAUCAGCAAAAUUCAUAAAUUGUUCGGUAUGGAGGAUUACGUCCCACCCAAAAAAUUCUCAUCGAUGAAUACAUUGUCAAACCUUGGUGGAUUGAAAGCUCUGUUCAACGCUGUAGAGGCUGCCCUCCCUUUGGACAAAUUCACGGCCAUGUACAAUGAAAAGAUGCACACCUCCCCUGCUUUCCAGAAUUUCAUGCAAAGACUGCACUCCAAUGAAUUCCAGACAAUCGUCAACACGGUUUACCAAUCACCAAUCUUCCUGGAAAUGAGACAGAAGGUCAUCAACGACGGAGUGGAUCUUGUCCCUAUCAGGGAUUUCAUCGAAAAAGUGCUUGGCAUUCACCUUCCCAGAGUCAACUCCCGUGCCAUGUUACGAGCGGAAAUCUUCGCCUCUGACGAACUAUCCAGAGACAUUCAUGACUUCCUGAAUCUGGUCGACGAGAACAAAAUAAUGAACAUCGUUAUGUCCUACCUGGAAGACGACGAAGUUCAAAGGGCAAUCGAAUACAUGUACAGCGAAGCAUUCCACGAUUUGGUCCGCAAGGUUGAAGCUAUGCCAGAAUAUCAGAAUUUGGUGAAGUACAUGGAAGAUUCUGGCUUGGACAUGACAAAGGUGAUCAGCAAAAUUCAUAAAUUGUUCGGUAUGGAGGAUUACGUCCCACCCAAAAAAUUCUCAUCGAUGAAUACAUUGUCAAACCUUGGUGGGUUGAAAGCUCUGUUCAACGCUGUAGAGGCUGCCCUCCCUUUGGACAAAUUCACGGCCAUGUACAAUGAAAAGAUGCACACCUCCCCUGCUUUCCAGAACUUUAUGCAAAGACUGCACUCCGACGAAUUCCAGAGAAUCGUCAGCACAGUUUAUCAAUCACCAAUAUUCCUGGAAAUGAGACAGAAGGUCAUUAACGAUGGAGUGGACCUUGUCCCUAUCAGGGAUUUCAUCGAAAAGGUGCUUGGUAUUCGUCUCCCCAGAGUCGACUUCUUGGUAUUUCAACUUCUAAAAGGAAUCUAUCACUGAAUAAUGCUUGAUCUUCUGAAGCUCGAUUUUUUUUUUUUGUGGCUAAUUUAGAAUUUAACAAAUCGUAGUCAUUUAAUUUCUAUUAAAUCUCGAAAACUUA